AUGAGCGAUACCUCUAUUCCUGCCCCACUAAGUCAAGGCUGGGGCUAUGGGGUCACCGUCGGUUUCGGCCUAGCGUUCGCGAUCGGGAUGAUGGGAAUUACCGAAGCUUUAAAGCGAUCAACAGGUGAAAAUAAUCGUCAUUUUGAAACAUUUGCUGUUGCGGGUCGGAAGAUUGGAACAGGCUUGACGGCAACCGCAGUUAUAAGUUCUUGGGCUUGGUCAACUGCUUUACUAAGUUCUUCCGCAAUCACCUACAAUUAUGGUGUUGCAGGUGCUUAUUGGUUCGCUGCUGGAUGUUUAGUACAAAUUUGCUUUUUCGCCUUGAUCGCAAUUCAGUCAAAACGAAGAACACCACAUGCUCAUACAGUUUUGGAAGUCGUUCGUGCACGUUAUGGAACGAGUGCUCAUCUCGUAUACAUGGUUUUAUGUCUUAUUACCAACAUUAUCGCUUAUGUCAACAUGUCAUUAGGUGCUUCAGCUGCAAUUUCUGCUUUAACGGGAAUGAAUACGGUUGCUGCGAUCUUUUUAUUACCCGUUGGUGUUUGUUUGUAUACGAUCACUGGUGGUUUACGUGCAACCUUUAUCACCGAUUAUCUACACACUGUUGCACUUUUGAUCAUCUGCAUCUACUUGAUCAUCAAAGCUUUAACAACGGAAGCCGUCGGAUCGGUCGAUAACCUUUGGCGUAUGGUUCAAGAAGCUGCCAAGAUUGCACCCGUUAAGGGAAAUCAUAAUGGAUCAUAUCUCACCAUGACAAGUCAAGAUGCAAUCGCUUUUGGAACAUUGCAUACUUUGGGUAACUUUGGUUUGGUAUUGUUGGAUUCAUCUUAUUGGCAAAAAGCUUUCUCGGCAGAUGUUACGGCAGCCGCUCCAGGUUAUAUCUUGGGAGGAACGUUGUACUUUGGUAUUCCUUGGGCUUUGGGUACCGUUGCAGGUUUGGCAGGAUUAGCACUACAAUAUACCCAAUCACCCUUUUGGCCCGUUCAUGGUCGUGGCUUAAGUGAAAGGGAAAACGCCGACGGUUUGGUGUUGCCUUAUGUCGGCCUAGCAACAACUGGUUCAGCAGGUGCGGUUGCGGUUGUGAUUGUGAUCUUUAUGGCCUGUACUUCAACGAUCAGUGCUCAAAUCGUUGCCGUUUCGAGUAUUAUUUCCUCCGAUGUUUUCCACACAUACAUCAAAAAGAACGCAAGUGAAAGAGCAAUCAUCAACGUUUCACGUGCUGCUUGUGUUGGUUUCGCUCUGGUCGGAAGUGCAGUCAGUGUAGCAUUCUAUUAUGCCGGUCUUUCCCUAACUUGGACACUGUACUUCUUGGGUGUGAUCACAACGCCUGGAAUGGUUACAAUCAGCUUAACAGUUUUGUGGGAUCGUCAAACAAAAGCAGCUGCAAUCAUUUCACCUUUGGUUGGAUUAGCAUGCGGUUUAACCGUUUGGAUCACAACUUCAUGGCAUUACGGUAAUGGAGUGAUUGAUGUCACCACAACUGGUGCUUUGAUCCCAUGCAUGUACGGAAAUAUUGCCUCCGCAUUCGUUCCAAUGAUCCUUUCACCUUUUAUCUCACUCGUCUUCCCUGGAGAACGUUUCUCUUGGGACAAAUUUAACGCAAUCAAACUUAUCAGCGAUUCAGAAAGUGCUCAAUCAGCCGUCGAAAAAGAAGUCGAUCACUUUACUCCUGAACAAAUUUCUUACAUGGACAAGAUGAGCAAGAUUGCCGGUAUCUUGGGAGUGGUCUUCUUCUUGGCACUCUGGGUGAUCUGGCCUUAUAUAAUGUAUGGAUCUCAUUACGAGUUCUCUCUGCCAUUCUUCCGUGGUUGGAUCGUGGUAUCAAUCAUUUGGAUCUUUGCCGCCCUCCUUAUCGUAACAUUUUUACCUCCAAUCGAAGGUCGUAGAUCAAUCUACUACACAAUCAUUGGUCAAAAGGAAAAUUGA